UUUCCCAGUGAAUUUUUUCGACUUGAAUUAUAUGCCAUGACUAGUGUGUGUGAUUGCGGAAUAUUAAAUUAAAGUGGGAUAAGUCUGCAAACCGAGGCGGGCUGCGUCCAAUCCGCAACUCAUUUGGCGCGUCGGAGGAGCGCAUCACUGCUCCUCUUUGCUCUCAGUGACAAUGUGCCAAAUGUGCGCAUUUUGAACAACACUUUCCAUAUGCUAUUAUCGGAUCGCUACUGCCGCAAAAAGAGAAAAAAGGCUGCAAAAACGGAAUGCUUUAUACCAAAGGUGUCUACUUUUUAUCUUGCGUUUUUGUCAUUUUUUGGGAGUGAUUUGGAGGCUGAUUUUAAACGAGAGUGCAUAUCGGGGAAAUGGACACACAAAGACAUGCGCACUCAACUUAAUCAGCCAUUUUUUCAACCCAAAAAAAAAAAAAGCAGGGCUAAAACGAUAAUAAUUAGCAGAAUAAAGACAUAUCGGAUUUUCAUUUCCUUUGCAAGCUCCGCGUUUGGCGAACCUCCGUCCAAAAGGAGAGACAAGCAGAAUCUCCCCCCCGGUCGACACGUCGUCUCCACGGCCACCGGAACCAAAAUAAGGGACUCUAUAGAACGCUUUUGUGGCACCUUUCUCCUUUUUUUGUGGGAGGAUUAUUCCACUUUCACCUGUUUCUCCGUUUUUGCGUAAUUGUCUUCUUGAGCUGGAUGUGAUCGUUUUUGGCGCAAGCGAAGAAGAAGAAAAAAAAGGAGGUGCAGGCGGCUUUGGAAGAAAGUCCCUGCCAGGCCGGAUGAGAUGAGAUCCCUAUGUAGAGGUCGUCAUGGCAACUUGUGACUCUCCCCAUAUGGUCUCAUCACGGCAGCAGGAACAUGGUGGCCAGAGGCUGGAUGCUGCUGAGGAGAACUCCGUUGUGGCCAUGGAGACAGGUGUCACCCACAGCAACAACGCUAAUAACAACCAAACGUCACCUGUAGCCAGAGAGAUGGAGAACGGCCUCGGAGAGCCCACGGUCAGCCCGCUGAGGUCCACGGCGACCCCCACUUUUGUCAGUGCAACCAUCGACUCUGUGACUGAGCAGAGUCGGAGAGAAAGCUUUACAACCGGUAACAAAGGGAGUGUUACCGGGACUUUACCAGGAGCAGGAGGAGGAGCAGCUUUGGGUUCGGACUGUUCGGCCCCUGCCACAUCUCCCGUGGCGCCGGCGAAGGAGAUCCCCUGCAACGAAUGUUCCGGCUCCUUCUCCAGUUUACAAAAAUACAUGGAGCACCACUGCCCCAACGCGCGACUGCCUACCACGGGAGGUCAUGAAGAUGUCGACGAACUCGAAGGGAUGGUAGGAGAGGAGAGCGACGAUGAAGAAGAAGCGGAGCGUACGGUCGAUGGAGGGGAGCUAAACAGCGAAAUGGACGAAGAAAGCGAUGUGGAGAACUUGUGCGGUGAGAUCAUCUACCAGCCGGAUGGAUCUGCCUUCAUCCUGGAGGAUUCCAAAGAGCAGCGUGGCAACCAGGGAGGGCUCCCUGGGGCUGUCCAUUUCAGGGGCCUGCUAUCCUCCCAGAACUUCCCCAACGCCCAGUCCGCCACCGGCCAAAGCGGUCUGAGCCAUGGGGGGGAGCGGUUGGAGCAGCCUGCUGCACCCAUGUCCUUCUAUCCCCAGAUCAUAAACUCCUUCCACAUCGCCUCAUCAUUGGGGACUAAAUCGUCGGUGGCCGACCCGCCCUCCUUAUCAAAUACCUCAACAGGAGGGCGGUCGGGCGCCGGUCCCGUGUUGCACAGUUUCCGUGUUUAUGACCUCCGCCACAAGAACGACAAAGACUAUCUAAAGGGGGAUGGUGCAGCCAAAAACUCCUGUGUGUCCAAAGAUGUCCCCAACAAUGUGGACUUGUCCAAGUUCGAGGGCUGCGUGGCCGACGGGCGGCGAAAGCCAGUGCUCAUGUGUUUCCUGUGCAAGCUCUCAUUUGGCUAUAGCCGUUCCUUCGUGACACACGCCGUCCAUGACCACCGCAUGACCCUGAAUGAGCAGGAGCAGAAGCUGCUGAGCAACAAGCACGUCUCCGCCAUCAUACAGGGCAUCGGCAAGGACAAAGAACCUCUUAUAAGCUUUCUGGAACCAAAAAAAACCCCUGUAUCUGUGCUAUCCCACUUUCCCUCACCUGCCAAUUUCCUAGGGCCGGACACCGGGCUUCGCGGUUUGUGGAACGCUUUCCACAGUACUGGGGAGAACACCGAUUCCCUUCAGGCGGGGUUCGCUUUUCUGAAGGGUAGUGCCAGCAGCUCCUCCAAUGACCAAAAUCCCCGAACCCAAACCAUGCCAAAGGCUGAGACCAACCCAAACCUCGGGGGAGGGGCUGGUGCCCAUAGAACCUCCAGCGGGAGUUCUGCUGCUGCUGCUGCUGGUGGCAACAUGGACGCCCGGAACUCUAAUAGUGACAGUCGGGGCCACAUUAGGGACACGUGCACUUUGCAACCCAAUGGGCCGGACCUGAGCCACUACCCGCUCGUGAAGCGGGAACCCGGUACAGUUGGAGAACAAAGUCCAGAGCAGGAUGACGAUGGUUACUCCAACGGUGGUGGAGUAGACAAUGAAGCGGACGAGGAAGACGAGCAGGCGAUGAGCGUAGUUCUGAAAGGCCAACGGGCCAAUAGCACCAGUAGCAAAGAUUUCCCUCUCUUAAACCAAAGUAUUUCCCCCCUUUCCAACAGUGUGCUAAUGUUUAACAGCGACAGCAAAGGUUCCGCAUCCACUUCCUCUUCUUCUUUGCCGAUGUGCGAGAAGCUGGACAUGGAUAAGUCUCGUCUGUGUGCUGCCCUGGCAGAUGCCCGAGAGCGGGAGACCAGUAAUGACUUGAUGACCGAAUCCGGACGGGAAGGGUCGUCGCCAUCGUCCCACCCUCUUGACUUGAUGAUGAUUCGUAGGGAUGACGAGAGUCCCGGACCUCUUCAUCAACACGCAGGAAAUCCGAGUACCCCCGGAACCCCCGGUACCCCCGGUCCGGGCGAAGGUUCCCCAGGAAGCGGUGUCGAGUGUCCGAAGUGUGACACAGUCCUGGGAUCGUCUCGUUCUCUGGGAGGCCACAUGACCAUGAUGCAUUCGAGGAACUCCUGCAAGACGCUAAAGUGUCCCAAGUGUAACUGGCACUACAAGUACCAGCAGACGCUGGAUGCUCACAUGAAGGAGAAACAUCCGGAGUCCGGAGGAUCGUGCGUUUACUGCCGAACAGGACAGCCUCACCCUCGUUUAGCCAGGGGGGAAAGCUAUACCUGUGGAUACAAGCCUUUCCGCUGUGAGGUAUGCAACUACUCAACCACCACCAAAGGCAACCUUAGCAUCCAUAUGCAGUCGGACAAGCACUUGAACAACGUCCAAACACUCCAGAACGGCGGAAGCGAGGCGCAGUACAACCACAACCAUGCCAACACAGUAGCCAACGCGGGACUCGGCGGAGGAUGCGGCGCACCGUCGCCAUCCAAACCCAAGCAGAAGCCGACUUGGCGAUGUGAGGUUUGCGACUAUGAGACCAAUGUGGCACGAAACCUACGAAUCCACAUGACGAGUGAGAAACACAUGCACAAUAUGAUGCUGCUGCAGCAGAACAUGAAGCAGAUCCAGCACAGCCUCCAUUUGGGGUUAGCACCGGCCGAGGCGGAGCUGUACCAGUACUACCUGGCUCAAAACAUCGGCCUGGCGGGCGUCAAACUGGAGAACCCAGCCGGCGGCGGCGGUGGCCCUGAUGCCCAGAUGAUGGGCAUCAACCCCUUCCAGCUCGAUGCUGCAACAGCAAGUGCUCUUGGAUCAGGGCUCGCGAACAGCGACCUAUCAGCGGAGUUGCGUCUCGCCGGUGGUCAGCUGAUGGCCGACGACCUCUCGCUGGUGUCCUCAGGUGGAAUGGGUGGCAUGUCCUCGUCGGACCCGUGCCUCUCGUCUCUGUCGCCGCCUAUUAGCGACCCGUCUCUGCGCCUCUACCAGUGCGCUGUGUGCAACUGCUACUCCACGGAUAGCCUGGAGGCUCUUAAUGCCCACGUCAACACGGAGCGUUCGCUGCCCGAAGAGGAGUGGCGCUGCGUGGUCGGCGACGUCUACCAGUGCAAGCUGUGCAGCUACAACACGCAGCUCAAGGCUAACUUUCAGCUGCACUGCAAGACGGACAAGCACAUGCAGAAGCAUCAGUUGGUGGCGCACAUCAAGGAGGGGGGCAAAGCCAACCAAUGGAGAUUAAAGUGCGUGGCCAUCGGUAACCCCGUGCACCUCAAGUGUAACGCUUGUGACUACUACAGCAACAGCGUGGAUAAACUGAGGCUACACACCACCAACCAGAGGCAUGAGGCUGCGAUACGACUUUACAAGCACUUGCACAAGCUGGACAGCGCCUACAACCCGGAAUCGUGCGUCUAUUACUGCACUUUGUGCGACUACUCCACCAAAGCCCGACUCAACCUGGUGCAGCACGCCCGCUCGGCACGCCACCAGCAGAACGAAGGCCUGAGGAAACUGCAGCUGCACCAGCAAGGCCUGAGAGGGGACGAGGACGGACUCGGACUACACGAGCUGUUCCACGUCAAGGAAUGUCCCUCAAGCCAAGAAGAGACUACAGAGGACAGCGAGAGACCUCCUGGCUCUUCAUCCAGACCCUCGCCUAACCUCACCGACCGAGACUUCACUGACAACCGCAGAGCUGACCGUGUGAAUGCCACAUCCAAAGACGCCACUGGAGAGACGGUGGCGGUGAAACAUUCCCUUCAGCCCGAUCGACAAAUUGACAGCCCUCCCAAACGGCCCAAAUCCUCGGAAGGCAAGAACUCUACUGUAGACCAGGUCCAGCAGUGUCCUUACUGCAACUACAGCAGUAAAGAUGCUAACCGUAUGCAACUCCACGUCAUGUCCCAGCAUUCCAUGCAGCCGGUUAUCCGAUGCCCGUUGUGUCAGGACGUCCUCAGCAACAAGAUUCACCUGCAGCUGCAUCUCACCCACCUUCACAGCGUGGCACCUGACUGCGUGGAAAAGCUCAUUAUGACGGUUGUUGGACCUGAUACGGCAGUACCAAAUAGUAUUCCCCAUUCUCAAACUGGACUAGACAAAGGACCGCCUUCAGCAGAUUCUUCAGUCUCUGCUGAUGGGUCUGGAAAACCGCAAGGAAACUCAAAAGAUGUGCUGAACAGCCAAGACAAGAAUGAAUCGGACCUCCAAGAUGAGGAAAUGAAGCCCCCCAAGGAGGCCUCUGAGGCCCCGGACUGGAAGAGAGCAGUCGGAUUAGGGCACGACACCAAGUCCCCUGACACCCUUCAGGAUCAUCUCGGUGAACUCCAGAGGCUCCAACAGCAACAACAGCAGCUCUCGGUGUCCGACCGCCAUGUGUACAAGUACCGUUGCAACCACUGCAGCCUGGCCUUCAAGACCAUGCAGAAGCUCCAGAUACAUUCCCAGUACCACGCCAUCAGAGCGGCCACCAUGUGCAGCCUUUGCCAGCGCAGCUUCAGAACAUUCCUGGCCCUCAGGAAGCAUUUGGAAAACGGACAUCCGGAACUGACGGAAGCUGAAGUGCAGCAACUGAUCGGGAAUCUGCCUCUGAAUGGAGACAUCACCGAAAGCGAAGCAAGAGCUUUGGAGGAAGCUCAAGCGUUUGAGCACGACUUGGACAAGGAUGAUGAAAUGGACCAGGAAGAGAAGCCGAGUCCUACCGGAAGCGACAGCAGUUCUCUGAUAGACGACAUGGGAGCAGAACCGAAACGGACCCUACCAUUUCGAAAAGGGCCCAACUUCACCAUGGAGAAGUUUUUAGAUCCUUCAAGGCCUUACAAGUGCACAGUAUGCAAGGAGUCCUUUACUCAGAAGAACAUUUUACUAGUGCACUACAAUUCUGUGUCCCAUCUGCACAAGUUGAAGAAGGUCCUUCAAGAGGCGUCGAGUCCGGUUGCCCAAGAACCGGGCAACAACAUCGACAACAAACCAUACAAAUGCAAUAUUUGCAAUGUCGCUUAUAGCCAAAGCUCAACACUUGAGAUCCACAUGAGGUCGGUACUCCAUCAGACCAAAGCCCGGACAGCCAAGUCUGAAAUGAGCACGAGUGGUCCGGUCCCGGCAAAAAGUCCUGCUCCGAGCACACAUGGAAACAACAGUAACUCCGACUCCACCAGAAGUGGGACCCCUUCCGCUAACAAAGAGAAUACCGCAGAACCCAAAGAUGCUAACAGCAACAACAACAACACAAAAACUAGCGAACACGCUUCCGCGCAGUCCAGCAGCCACCAGUCGGCUCAGUCGUCAGCGCAACUUCAAAUGCAGCUUCAGCAUGAACUCCAGCAGCAGGCUGCAUUCUUCCAGCCUCAGUUCCUUAAUCCGGCUUUCUUCCCACAUUUCCCAAUGACCCCGGAAGCAUUACUGCAAUUCCAACAGCCGCAAUUCCUAUUCCCGUUCUACAUCCCUGGAGCGGAGUUCAACCUCAGCCCGGAGCUUGCUCUUCAUUCAGCGGCGGCUUUCGGAAUGCCGGGUCUUACCGGGUCUUUCUUAGAGGAUUUGAAGCAGCAGAUGCAACAACAGCAUCAACUUCAACAGGCUCAACAACAACAGCAACAACAACAACAAGUCUCGCAGACACAGUCGCAGAAAAACCAACAACUGCUGAGCCAUAAACCCAAACUGGAACCCGGCACUGUGUCCGUGUCGGAGAUUCAAAUGUCAAAAGACGCAGAGGAGCACCUUGAGAAACAAGAAAGCAGAGCAAAGCUGGAAAACCGAUGUGAGACUUUAAACGAUAACGGAAAAGACAACAAAGACGGGAAAAAGUCUAAAUUCCCAGAACCUCUAGUCCCGCCGCCUCGAAUUGUGUCCGGAGCGAGGGGCAAUGCCGCCAAAGCCCUGUUGGAGAACUUUGGAUUUGAACUAGUGAUCCAGUACAAUGAAAACAGACAGAAGAACCAAAAGAAAAACAAAGAUGGAGUUGAACAAAUGGAAUUGAACACAGAUAAACUCGAGUGCGGAAUGUGCGGAAAACUCUUCUCCAAUAUGCUGAUUCUCAAAAGCCACCAAGAGCACGUCCAUAGUCAGUUUUUCCCGUACGUCGAGCUCGAGAAGUUCGCCCAACAGUACAGAGAAGCCUACGACAAACUCUACCCGAUCAACCCGGCUUCACCCGAGACCCCGCCUCCGCCGCCGCCACCACCGCCUCCGCCACCUCCACCGCCUCCUGCCCCCGCACCGGUGACAGCUCCUCAACCGACUCCGACAUCGAUGCCCAAGCCCCAAACGCCAACACCUUCACCGUCCCCCGCUCCCCAUCAGCCUUCCCACCAGGCGCCACCACUUCAACCACCACAUCCGUCCCCGACUCCCACCGCUCCCCCCGCACCUCAAGUUCAACUUCCUGUUCCUUUGGAUCUGCCUCUUUUCCCACCUCUUAUGAUGCAAUCAGUCCAGCACCCGGGUUUGCCCCCUCAGUUGGCCCUCCAGCUCCCUACUAUGGACUCUCUCUCCACAGACCUUACCCAACUCUGCCAGCAACAACUGGGACUCGAUCCGAAUUUCCUCCGCCAGUCCCAGUUUAAACGUCCGCGUACCCGUAUAACUGACGACCAGCUUAAAAUCCUGCGAGCCAACUUCGAUAUCAACAAUUCCCCCAAUGAAGAACAAAUUCAAGAAAUGUCAGAGAAGUCCGGUUUGCCGCAAAAGGUCAUAAAGCACUGGUUCCGGAACACACUUUUUAAAGAGAGGCAACGGAGUAAAGACUCUCCGUACAAUUUUAAUAUUCCUCCGAUCACGACCUUGGAAGAUAUCCGAAUGGAACCUCAGCUUGGUACGCACGAGUACUACAGAAGCGAGUCAACCAUAAAUAAGAGGUCCUCCAGAACCAGAUUCACCGAUUACCAAUUAAGAGUUCUUCAGGAUUUCUUUGACACCAAUGCGUAUCCAAAAGACGAUGAAAUCGAACAGCUCUCCACUGUCCUUAAUCUACCGACACGAGUUAUUGUUGUGUGGUUCCAAAACGCACGUCAAAAAGCCCGGAAGAGCUACGAAAACCAAGCGGAUGCUAAAGACAACGAGAAAAAAGAGCUAACCAACGAGCGCUACAUCCGAACCAACAACAUGCAGUACCAGUGUAAAAAGUGUAGCAUCGUUUUCCCUCGUAUCUUCGACCUCAUCACUCACCAGAAGAAGCAGUGCUACAAAGACGAAGACGAGGACGGUAACGAGGACCACCCGUCUGACGAAUACUUAGAUUCUGCUGAUCUAGGUCCAGUUAAAAUGACCCAACAGUCAUUAGACGCACCGAGACAUUCCCAAGGAACCGCGAGCAGUUCUGGAUCAAGUUCCCCGGUCAUGGCGUCCCCUCGAGCCAGCGUAGGAAAAACCUCCCCAAAACCGGACUUUGAACCUCGCGUGGAAAGUGAACUCAAACAAACGGAGACAGCACCCUCACCCGUGGUGAAAUCACUACCAGAACCGAGACCGUCAAAGGCGUGUACACCUCAGCCGCCCCCUCAAAAGGUCCCACAGCCCCCGAUGUCGAGACCCCAUUCCCAACCGCAGGCAGCUGCUGUGCCGUCCAGUCCCCUGUCCCUGGCGCUUUCCUCCCUUACAAAUAGCCUCCCGCACCAAAUGCUUCAGUACCAGUGCGACCAGUGCAAGAUCGCGUUCCCCACAGUGGAACUCUGGCAAGAACAUCAACACAUGCAUUUCUUAGCCGCCCAGAACCAAUUCCUGCACUCGCAGUUCCUUGAAAGACCCAUCGAUAUGCCGUAUAUGAUAUUUGACCCCAACAACCCUUUAAUGGCCAGCCAGAUAUUAUCUGGAGGCCUCUCACAAAUCUCUUCACAGGGUAGUUCAGGUUUGACCUCGACUUCGGGGUCGGGGUCAAUGAAGAGAAAAUUGGACGAUAAGGACGAAAGUGUCAACGAUAAAGACAUCGGAAACAACAGCGAAGAACAUCACAGAGAUAAACGCCUCAGAACCACAAUCACUCCCGAACAACUGGAGAUCCUUUACGACAAAUACUUGAUCGAUUCGAACCCGACGAGAAAAAUGCUGGAUCACAUUGCAAGAGAAGUGGGUUUAAAAAAGAGAGUCGUUCAAGUUUGGUUCCAAAAUACUCGCGCCAGAGAACGAAAAGGGCAGUUCAGAGCGAUCGGACCCUCGCAGUCCCAUAAAAAAUGCCCGUUCUGCAGAGCGCUCUUCAAGGCUAAGUCCGCUCUUGAUAGUCACAUUCGAUCCCGGCACUGGCAUGAAGCUAAGCAAGCGGGUUUUAGUUUGCCGCCGAGCCCGAUGAUGAAUCAAGACAACGAAAGAGAAGAAAGCCCCAAGUAUAAUUUCUUCGACUUCUCCCAGUUGCCGACUAAGACCGAACCAAACGAUUACGAAUUACCGACUGCAUCUUCUACCCCAGUAAAACCAUCCGAGUCGCAAGUAAAAAACUUCUUAAGCCCUUCAUCAUUAAAAGCUGAAAACUGUGAUGAAACCGACGGGCCAAAUGUUAAUUCAGCAGAAGCGUCCUCGUAUGAUCUCGGCAAGAUGGACUUUGACGAGACAUCGUCAAUUAACACAGCCAUUAGCGAUGCUACAACCGGAGACGAAGGCAAUAACAACGAAGUCGAAAGCUUCACCACCAACGGAGGAGACAAGCUAACCGAUAUCAAGGGUGCCAUGUUGCCAAAUUCCGACAUCGGUAACGACCGAUUCCAAUUCAGCAUGGUGAGCCCGGCGUUGAGUUUCUCCGGAAAAGACUGCGACUCCUACUUCAGUUCCCGAGACGACGACAUGGACGAGAUCAACGACAGGAGCGAAUCGUCAAGCCUUGCCGAUCCCAGUUCUCCGAGUCCAUUCGGAGCAGGAAAUCCCUUCAAGUCUGGUAAAAACGCCAGCGGAAGCGAUAGACCGGGUCAUAAACGAUUCCGAACCCAGAUGAGUAACCUUCAACUCAAAGUCCUCAAAGCCUGUUUCAGUGAUUACCGAACUCCGACGAUGCAAGAGUGUGAGAUGCUGGGCAACGAGAUCGGACUUCCCAAACGUGUCGUUCAGGUUUGGUUCCAGAAUGCCCGAGCUAAGGAGAAGAAAUUCAAGAUAAACAUCGGAAAGCCGUUUAUGAUAAGUCAAGGUUCCCCAGACGGUCCGAGGCCUGAGUGUACUUUGUGUGGUAUAAAGUACACACCCAGGAUGUCCAUCCGAGACCACAUCUUCUCCAAACAGCACAUCACCAAAGUGCAAGAAACCCUGGGCAACCAGGUGGAUCGAGAAAAGGACUACCUAGCACCAACCACUGUCCGACAACUGAUGGCCCAGCAAGAACUGGAUCGCAUGAAGAAAGCCAGUGAAGGACUGAGUCUACCCGGUCAGCAGCAACAGACCGCGGUGGACAACAAUAAUGCACUUCAUGGCCUUAGCCUGCCCUCGGGCUACCCGGGAAUCUCCGGCCUUCCGCCGGUGUUACUACCCGGAGUCAACGGGCCGUCGUCACUUCCUGUUUUCCCGCCCAACACACCUGCUUUAGCAUCUCCUGGUGCUGGCAUGCUUGGGUUCCCUACACCAGCCACCCCAUCUCCUGCCAUGUCUCUCAGCACUACCCCAACCAAGACUAUUCUGCAGACUCCUCCUCCUCCUCCUCCACCUCCUCCACCUCCUCCUCCUGUUCCCUCCACACCUUUGGCAGCAGUAAAUAACACAGAGCAGCAAGGGAAGGACUCAGAGAGUAAAAAACCAGGAGACAAGCCACCUCAGAUGAAGACGAAGGGCGGCGAAAAUGACGGCGCCUCGCGACCCGAGACCCCCAGCAUGGCCAAGAAGAGGGACAAACCGACUGCAGGGAAACCGGGAAGCGAGCCCCCGCUGGACACGGCGAAGCUGCAAGCCCUUCAGAACGCUCUAGCCGCGGGGGAUCCCAGCUCUCUUUUCGGGGGCCAGUUCCUUCCGUACUUCCUUCCCGGGUUCCCGAACUGCUUCUCACCACAGCUUCCCAGAGGCGUCCAACCGGGCGGCUAUUUCCCGCCGCUUUGCGGCAUGGAGAACCUGUUCCCGUACGGACCGGCGGCCGUACCGCAGGCUGCGAUGGCCGCCGGUUUGUCGCCGACGGCGAUUCUGCAGCAGUACCAGCAGUACCAGCAGUCCGUUCAGGACUCCCUGCAGAAGCAACUGGAGCAGCAACAGAAGCAACUCAAGCAGCAGCAGCAACCAAACCCUGCGAAACCGCCGCAGAGCGUCAAGAGCACCAAUUCCAACUUCAAACCAAAAGAAGCUAACGAUGCUAAGGACGACAACAAAACCGGCUCUUCAACAGAAAGCACAAACGAAGAACCGAAACCAGAUACCAAAAGUAGCAAAGAUUUCCCCGAUGCUUUUAUCGUCCCGUCCAUCAAGCACGAAUUUAUAUGCAGGAAGUGCCAGAUGAUAUUCCAUGACGAAGACUCGGUUCUACGUCACCAGAAGUCCCAGUGUUACUUUGGACACGCUUUCAGCGAGCCGCAAGAAACGGUGCUUCGGAAAGCGGUCAGCAACUACACGUGCGUCGCCUGCAACGUGGUCGUCAACGGCAACGAAGCACUCGGCCAACACCUUCAGUCGAGCUUGCACAAAGAGAAAACAAUCAAACAAGCAAUGAGAAAUGCCAAAGAGCAUACUAGAUUAUUACCUCACUCCGUCUGCCCCCCGAAUCCUAACGCCACAUCUACCUCGCAGUCUGCAGCUCCUUCGAAUAACACCUUCCCCCAUCUGUCUCGCUUGUCCAUGAAGUCCUGGCCGAACGUUCUGUUCCAGGCCACCACCACAACCGCCACCAACGCCAAUGCCGCCACCAACGCCGCCAACGCCACAGCCACCACAGCCCAAAAAGCUGCUUCUUCCUCUUCCCCGUCUGCGUCCCCGCCUCCCCCGUUAUCCUCGCCGUCAACGGUUACCUCAACUUCCUGCAGCACCUCAGGGGUUCCAACUUCGCUACCCGCCGAGAGUUGUUCGGAUGAGUCUGACAAUGAGCUAAGCCAGAAGCUGAACGAAUUAGAUAACGCGUUGGACGUCAAGUCGAAAACGGCCUCCGGUCUCGACGCCGGCUUCAGUAGUAUCAGAAUGGAUAUGUUCAGUGUCUAGGAGUGACUUGGUUAAAGGAUCCCUUGCUUAAAAGACAAAAAUAAGACUUUUAUAAAUAAAAAAAACUGCAGUUCCAAAGUUUCUCUUAACCCAAAAAAAAAAAAAAAAAAAAAAUAUCCAGUACCAAAUGAUUGACUCAGGAUUGUUUUUCCCAUAUUGAUAUGCUGGCAAGAUUGAUUUUUUUUUUUGUUAUGGACAGAACUGUUGCAGAUGCUUGACUGAGCUUAUAUUGUAUACAAAAAAAAAAAAACAUGGAGUAGGAAAACAAUUCCCACAAGCUCCCCUCGGUUGGAGGGGGGGCUUGUUUUCAAGCCAAAAACUCUCAUGAUAGCAAAUUGCACCUCAGCUGGAUUGUUUUCCAAAAUGCUAGCAUGUACUGUAUGGGAUGACGAUCCAGAAACCCUCAAAGAGAAUCUCUCUUAGUUUUUAGAUAAUUCAGUAGCUUUAAAUUCUCAGGUCAGAACAUAACAUUUCUCAUUUGUUUGAAAAAGCAGCAAGCCCCGGGUUCCACGUGGCUGAUAACCAAAACAUGUCGAGCUUUAUCGGACGCAUUUCCUUGGUGUGUAUAGAGUACCAAGAGACAAUAUAACUGUUACAAUGGACGAUGUGCAUAUCCUUUUGAGUUGACAGUAUGAGGGAAUUCAGAAUGGUGUAUGAUGAUGAUGAUGAUGAUGAUGAUGAUGAUGACCCCCGCCCCCCCCUAACUUCCCAACGUGUUUGCCACUUUGUAUUACAACAUGCCGCCCCCCCCGCCCCCGGCCCCUAGAACCCGUCCCCGGCCCCCCGGCCACCGCCCCCGCCACCCAACCCCUGUCCCCUGCCACCCGGACCCUGGACCCCGGCCCCCGGACCUUGUCCCCGGCCCCCAGCCCCCGGGCCCCAUAAUUUUUUUUUUUUUUUUUUUUUCCUCCCUUGUAUACAAAUAAUCUGUGCCAACCUUCUCACUCGUACCUUUUUUUUCUCAAGAGGUAAUAACUCUAGUUUUAUAGACUCUACCAUCAUGUGAAUAGAACUUUUCUUUGGUGAAUUUGCUGUACUCUUACGGUACCUGCUCGUGUCUGGACUCUAGUGCACUUAUUUUUAUCAUUUAAGUAGGCCAUCUUGUUUAAUUUAAUAGAGAUUUUCUGUUUAUGUGCGUGCGUGCGUGCGCGUGUGUUUUUAAUUAUUAUUUGUGUCAGCAGCAUAUCGGUCCAUACGUGUUACAGGAUUGAUGCCUAACAACCUAUUUAACAAUUGGUGCAUCCAUGAAAGCAGUACUGUAUACUUGAAACUGUUAAGGUACAAGUUCAAGACAAAGAAUGAUUAUUUUUGUUUGCUGCUUUUUUUUUGGUUUCGGAAAGAAAGAAAAAAAACACACACAUACAAAAAAAAAUACAAAAAAACACAAAACAUUUGUGUUGUAUUUUUAACAAUUUCAUGUACUUGUAGGACUGAAAAAAAAAAAACAGUGUUACACCCGUGCCAGCGGGCACACGCGUGGACGUAUUCCCGUUCAUCCUCCCCCCGGGGGCACUUGGUGAUGAUGUGCAGUUACGGAAUUUUCAACAUUGCAAAGUAUUACCUUACAAAAGUUUUGCUGCUACUGUGUCAUUUGUAUUUUUGCCUGCCAUCAUUUCUCCGAAAAACCGAAUACUGAUCCAUUAUUUUUUAUCCGCUUUUGCAAUUAUUAUUAUUAUUAUUUUUUUUUUAAAUGCUGUGGAACUAAGAAUGUGAACGCUGUUAAAGGGUUUUAUUGUUGUUUUUUUUUUUUUGUUUGUUUUUUUUUUUAAAGAAUCACUUCCUAGUUUGAAAACCAAUGUGAUUCAUUCCAAAGUAACAGAAGGCUAUUUGUAUGAACGCAAAAAAAAAAAAAAAAAGGCUGGUGAACAAAGAAAGCAAAGCUGUUGUACAUAUUCGUAGUUGGCUGUGCAUGGUACAAAUUUAUUAAUAUGAAGAAAUGCAAAAAUGUAUUGCUUUUUUUUUUUUGGUAUUUCCUAUUCUGAGAUGAGCAAGUAGCAUGUAAUGCAACUGUUUGACAGGUUAAAUCAAAUCAUGCUUCGUUAUUGUUUCAAACAAUAACAUCAAGUUACAUUUCCUCUUAUGUUUUAUCAUUGUAAAGCUUUUUUUUUGUUUGUUUAUUUGUUUGUUUGUCCGCCCCGCCCCCCAUUCCCACUUUUCCCAAAGCCAAUUUCCUAUGUGAGCUCCUUAUUUUUGAGCAGUUACUUUAAAUCCUGAAGACACUUUUCGAUUGUUUUUUUUUUUUUUUCCUAAGAGACAUUCUGGCCUCCCAAGGUGCAAUUCUGCCAUUGUACAAACACAAAGCGACUGUCCUGAUUCCAAAGCCCCCCCCUUCCCAAAAAAAAAAAAAAAAAAAAAAUCCCACCCCUUACUCCGAUUCUGUGGCUCAGCAUUUUAAGACUGAACUUUGCGUGCUCGGAUGCUAUAAGUGUCACAGACAGGAUGACGAUCUCCGUCACCCCCCGACCCCCCCCCCCCCCAACCCCCGAAAACCGAGGACUGGUAAAAAGCUAACAAACCAACAAAAACAACGGAUGGUCCAACAGCAACUGUACAUAUUUCUUGCAACUGCACAGCAGCCAAAAAUGACAAAAAAGAACUUUAACAAAAAAAAAAAAAAAUACAAAAAAAAAAACCACACACACAAAAAAAAAAAAAAAAAAUGGAUGGAUUGUGUCAUGUUGAUGAGGACUGCCUUCAAAAGGUCGAAAAACUUGGAAAUUGUUCUUCUGGAUGUCAAAGGGAUUUUCAUGGCGCAAUCAUAUCCUAUUCAAUAUGUACUCUUCAACAUCUGGGUUACAUAGGAAAUGCACCCUGAGGUUUUAUUAAGAAGAAGCCCCUACGGCUAAAACUUUAAAUAAACUAAACCAAAAAUGUUAUUGAUGUUUUAUAUAUAGAGAGUAGUCGCAUUAGUUUUUUGUUACUGUACUGUUUGAGGUCUCAACUGUACCGUAUCACGGUAAUAACAUGGUUUUGGAACCUUUUUUUUUGUUUUUUUUGGGUUGUUUUGUUUUGUUUUUUUUAAUUUGUCACAGACCUGUUGUCAUAGUUGAAAUGACGUUUAUUGUAGAUGGUAUUUGAACAACUUCUGGAAAUAGUUCAUCAAGUAUGUUUGUUGCUCAUUGUUGUGAUACAUUAAAAACUGUAUCUGCAAACCA